AUGGGCAUCUAUUUGAAGCUGUUUGCCGAGUUCCUCGACCUUACUAUGAAGGGUGAGGUCCGAGGUAGGUUGGACCCCCGAAAGCCGAGGGCGGACACCGGUAGCAUACGAGGUGCCAUGCGCAGAUUCUGUAACGCAUGGGAACGAGAGAAUCAUUGGGAAAUCCCGUACUAUAUCGAACAGUUCAUGGCAUUAUUUAUAGAUGGCGAAUUAGCCGACAAAAUUGGCUUGACGAAGAGUAGGAAGAACGGUACUGAGAAAGAGUUAAAGACGCCCCUAACUAUCGAAAACUACGUCUAUAUGCAGGAACGCUAUUGGUAUAACGACUUCCACGAGUAUCUAUAUAAAGGGUACCGAGUCGACAGUACCAAUCUUUCAAAUAACUGCUACUUUACCUCUGCGAGACUUACGGAGAACCUCGAGUAUAGACUCUCAUGGAAGUACGAGAAACCAGAAUACAGACUGAAGUUUAAGAGGGAAGUUUACGAAGCUAUAAAUGAAAACUGUUUCGGCUUGUAUUCCGCACGCCGCAAAGCCCUUAUCAACGCAAAUGUGUUGAGGUUCGCCUCACAGAAUAACACGCAUGUCCUUGUCAACGAUGAUCUGGGUAAUAUAUCCAGCAUCGACGAUGCGGCAAAUUACCUCCGGGCGGAGCUCCGAACCGACCUCGUCGAAGAUUUUCUCUCCGCGAUAACAAGGAGAAACCCCGGCAUCUCCCAGACGCUCCCGGUCGAGGUAGAAGAAGAGCUGGGGUGA